AUGUCGCCCUCCACCUCGCUGCUCGUCGUGGUCAUCGCUAUCCUCGCCGCACUCGCCGCACGGACCGUCCCCCACCGCCCACUGCUCAUCGUGCCGUUCUACCCCAAACCGCCUCCGGCUCUCGACGGGCCGUACGCGCUCAACACCGUGCUCACUGAUCUGUGCGUCGACGUCACGCUCGCCCAUCCCUUUGACCUUGCAGGUGCAGAGACCGCCAUUGCUUCGCCCGACGGCCUCUCGUGGUACACUGCCACCAGUGCAGGCGUUGUUGCUCGUAUCGACGUCGAUGGCGACGUCGACGCCGGCACCGCCCUUCUCACCGCCCACCCGCUCGCCUACCUCGGCGGCCGCCCGCUCGGCCUUGCACUCCACCCCGAGCUCGGCGUCGUGGUUGCCGAUGCGGCCCGCGGCUUGUUCAGCGUGAGCGAGGAGACCGGCAUCGUCACACUCCUCGCUGCGAGCGUCGAUCCUGAAGGUACCGACCCAAUCCUCUACGCCGACGACGUCGACGUCGACGCCGACUCUGGCACCAUCUACUUUUCCGACGCAUCGACCAUCGCACCGUGGCGCAACGCGGACAACUCGUUUGAGACCUUUGAGGCCUCGGUCAAGGACGCGCUCGAGGCCGGCCACACCGGCCGCCUCCUCGCCUAUCAUCCGGCCAAUCGCUCGGUCGAAGUCCUCGCGGACGGCCUCUACUUUGCCAACGGCGUGGCUCUCUCUGAGGACAAGACUUUUGUCGUUGUCGCGGAGACCUUUGCCGCCCGCGUCUCGCGGGUCUGGCUCACCUCGGACCGCCGCGGCGACGUCGAGGUUCUCAUCGACAACCUGCCUGGCUACCCUGACGGCGUCUCGGCCUUCAAAGAGACGUUUUGGAUCAGCAUUGCCGCCCCGCGCUCCAAGUUCCUCGAGCUAGUGCACCCUUACGCACCAGUCAAGUCGGUUUUCUCGCUCCUCCCCCGCUGGAUGGUGCCCAAGCCGCGCAAGCACGGCAUGGCCAUCCAGAUUGAUCCCACUGGCGCCGUCGUCCGCACCCUCCACGAUCCCUCUGGCGAAGUCGUCCCCAUGGUCACUGGCAUCCACGCCAUGGCCGUCGACCGCCUUCUCAUCGGCAACCUCAAAGGCGAUGGCAUUAUCCUCUGCCGUGGCGUCUGAGCACACGCCCGUUUCGCCCCCCGCGCCCCGAACACAGCCGAACCCAUCGAUACACACACACACACCCCUC